AUGAGUUUUAGGUGGGUAACAUUGCGGAGUUGGUGCCAGAAGCGCCAUCUAGUACUGCCUUGCUGGUGCGGACAGCUGGGUCUGCCUCUCACAGUCGGGCGGGUGCAAGAUUGUGCCAAGGAAGAUAGUGCUGGAGAAGUAUACGAGCAUAUAAAGGAUUACGAAAAAGCCUUGGAAUGCUAUAAAAAUGGAAAAGAUUUUAGCAAAGCGAUACAGCUAGCAAGAUUCUGCUCUCCUGAACAAGUAGUCUUACUUGGAGAGAACUAUGGCGACUAUUUGGUGAAAAUAGGACAACAUGAAGCCGCUAUAAAUCACUUUCUAGGUGAAUUGUUAUUUUACCCUCUGCAAAAUAUGUGCCUAAUGAGGGACUGAUU